AUGUCAGGAAAUGAGACAAGGAUAACAGAAUUCCUCCUUCUGGGAUUUGGAGAACUUUAUAACAUGCAGAUGCCCCUUUUCCUGAUAUUACUAGUGAUUUACAUUGUGACUAUAAUGGGAAACCUUCUCAUAUUUGUACUAGUUUUUCUGGAUCAACACCUGCAUACUCCCAUGUACUUCUUCUUGGGUAAUCUCUCCUUCAUGGAUGCCUGUUAUAGCACCACAAUAUUUCCAAGGAUGCUUUCAGCUCUCCUGACUGAGAACAAAAUGAUUUCAUUCUGCGGCUGCCUCACUCAGUGGUAUCUCUGUGAUUCUUUGAUAGCCGCAGAAUGUUGCUUGCUUUGUGUGAUGUCUUAUGACAGGUAUCUCGCCGUCUGCAAACCAUUGCAUUAUGAAACUGUCAUGAAGGGCCAGACUUGCGUCCAGUUAGCAACUGCAUCCUGGAUCAAUGGAUUUUUAGCUGUUUUGAUAUUGCUCCUUUUGCUGUUGCAGAAACCCUUUUGCGGCCCCAAUGAAAUGGAUCAUUAUUUUUGUGACUAUUACCCCCUCCUAAAACUUUCUUGUAGUGACACCAACUUAAUAGAAAUCAUGGGCUUUAUUGUGGCUGGCCUUUUUACACUUUGUCCUUUUCUUCUCACCUUGACAUCCUAUGUGUAUAUUUUAGCGGCUGUGUUUAAAAUUCCUUCUGCGUGUGGGAGACAGAAAGCCUUUUUGACCUGCUCAUCUCACUUGUUAGUGGUGGGCAUUUUCUAUGGGUCUCUAAUGGUGGUAUUUAUGCUGCCAAAAACUGAAGGAAAGAGAAGUAUGCAGAAGUUUCUCUCUCUCCUGUAUGUAGUUUUGCCUCCUCUGGCCAACCCAUUCAUAUACAGCCUGAGAAACAAAGAAGUCAAAGAGGCUUUCAGAACGAUGAUUAAGAAAAUUGUUCCAUAA